AUGGCUAGAUUCUCGGGAGUCAUUCUAGGUCUGGCUUUAUUAGCAGCGACAGCUUUCCGAUCAGUGAACGCCAUCUUUGAUGAUGAAGUCAAUGGCAUAGAUUGGCAGUUGAGUAAUAUUGGUGACUAUAAAUGUGUCGUACCAGCUUCCAGAACCACUCACAAUGACCAGUUUGUUAUAUUAUCAGAUUUAGGUGAUCAUUCAUUACUGUCUUGGGUUAACAAGACAAAUGGGGAACUGCUCGACAGGCUGCCGUUAAACUAUAAAGUUGAAGAUAUUAUGGUAACCGAAAAGAACGAGAUCAUUCUACAAAAAGGUGAUGCAUCGUACUUUGCAAUUGACUCCCUCAACGGGUUUGAUAUCCAGUACGAUGCUUUAGGUUUCAUCUCCUCUUGUAGUCCUGACCUGUCCUUGGUACAGGUCAGAGAGGGGAAAUUAAAGGUGUUAGACAGCGACAAGGAGUAUGUCGUCUACCACCGCCAGCUUCCCGAGAACUUCAGCGGUAUUAAGUAUUUCGAAAACCGCGAGGAUGGAUCAUUUGAUCUUAUUACUUCUACAAGUGAUGGAAAAUAUCAGUUUUUAGAGCUUGACAACAGCAAUAUCACCAAAGAGUGGGAAAGAGAUGAAUCUUUAGCUAAUAUCAAUGCAUUUGCAUUCGUGUCUUCUAAGGACCCCUUAACAUCUAAGAUCUUUUCGGAAAUUUCCAAGGAGGAGUCAAUGAGCGUAUUGGACGCUUACAAGUUUAGGAUAAGCCAAACUUCUCAGCGAUUGAAAGAUUAUCUUCAAGAGCGAAAGUUUUCAAUUGGCACUAUCUUCAAAGAGUUUUUUCAAGAGGAUGACGACCUUACUAAGCUACACAGGGAUAUAAACUUCGGGCUUUUGAAAUAUUUGAUUGUUGCCACUGACAAAGGCAAGAUUGUGAACUUAGAUGUACGCAAUGGAAAACAGUUAUGGUCAGUUGAGACCGGACUGAAAGAUAUUUACAGAAUGGAGGCAUCUAUGUUAGAUUCCGAGCUUUUUGUGGUCACCAAAUCAGGGCUCUCGAUGCUUUUAGAAAUUAGCGCCAUCGAGAAGGAGCCAUUCAUUCUGAAAAGGUCAAAACAAUUAGACGUCGAACUCGCAGAACCUUUUGACAAUGGCAAUUUUCUUUAUGUGAAAUCAAAAGAUGGCGCGAAAUCAGUCAUAAACAAUCGUGUAACGUCUGGCGAUGAAGAAAUAUACUUUUUAGACCACGACGACAAAAGACUAAGCGCCUCUUUCUUAAAAAACUCAACCAUUGAAGAUACAUGGAAUGUCGAGUUAAGUGAAGAUGAGGAGAUUAGAGCAUUUUCGUACAGAGAUCAAAGUCCCGUGGUGAGUUUGGGUAAUAUCUUGGGUAACAGAACAGUCCUAUACAAAUAUCUGUACCCUCACUUGGCCGCUUUUGCUACGGUUGAUAAGUCGAGCAAUUCUUUGACUGUCCGCAUCAUUGACACUGUGACCGGCGAGUUGGUACACACAGUUCUUCACGAGAACAAAGUUGCUUUAGCAUCGCCUAUUAAUGUGGUCUUUGGUGAGAAUUGGUGUAUCUACACUUAUUUCAGCAUUGAGCCAGUUCCAGAACAAAAGAUUGGUGUCAUUGAACUUUAUGAGUCGCCAACACCAAAUGAAAGACUUUCUGAAACUUCUUUAGAAGCCGACGCUAUCUCCCACGCAGACAAGCCACAUAUAAUACAGAAUGCGUACAUUUAUCCGGAAGUGAUCAAAAAUUUAGCACUAACACAGACUAAAUUUGGAAUAACUAUUCGUUCAGUGAUCCUUGAGCUUGAAAAUGGUCAAAUUGCCUACCUCCCCAAGUUCAUACUCAACGCACGCAGAGUAGAGGAGUCAAAGAUGACCGCGGAUGACAAGAAGGAAUUCAUGUUCUCUCCGUACGCCAGUAGUAUUCCCAUCAACGACCAUACCAUAUUAACUCACCACAAGCGAGUUCUUUCGGGACCAAACUCUUACCUUGCUUCUGUGCCCACAAACCUAGAGUCUACGAGUAUUGUGUGCAGCUUAGGCCACGACUUGUAUUGCACAAGGAUUUCACCUUCGUCGCAGUUUGACAAGCUAAAGCCCAGAUUCCAGAAGGGCAAUCUUCUUUCGACUAUUCUUGGUCUGCUUGUUACUUGCUUCUUUGUCAGACCAAUGGUUGACACGAAGAAGCUUAAGACUAAAUGGUUGGUCAAGGAUUGA